AUGGAAUCAUCUCAAGAGAAUAUGAUUUCGAGAAACAAUUUGAAUUUUGGAGAAUAUAAGAUGUGGCUGGCAGCAGAACAUGGGAUGUUUUUGCGGUUUACAAAGGAAGGUUGGAUGACAACAAUGCCAGAAAGUCUAAAUAUGGAUUGGGUUGACAGUGUUAAGCAUGUGUUUGAAUAUUUUACUGAGAGAACACCCUGUUCUCAUUUUGAGCUCCGUGAGACCUCGCUAGUGUGGAACUAUAAGCACGCAGACAUAUAUUUUGGGAGGCUUCAAGCAAAGGAUAUGUUGCAGCAUCUAUUGACAGGCCCAAUAUCAAAUGCUUCUGUAGAUGUGGUCCAAGGUGGGCGAUCUGUUGAGGUCCGAGCAGUUGGUGUUACCAAGGCAACAGCAAUUGACAGAAUCCUUGGGGAAAUAGUUCACCACAAUGAUGUGAAAGCACCCAUUGAUCAUGUCUUGUGCAUUGGACAUUUUGUGCCAAAGGAUGAAGACAUUUAUACGUUUUUUGAGCCAGAGCUUCCUUCUGGACCAUCACCUACUCCAAGAGCCAAGAUGGUCAAAUCUGUAAACAGAACUGUUACAAAUCUUUCAGCGGGGACUAGUGGGCUUGUGUCAUUCAACCAUAAACGUCCUAUAUCCUAUCGGACCUCAGAGAAGAGAGCAAGCAAUCAUACAAAUGGGAAAUGGUGGUCUAGGAUGCUUAACCGAAUGACAAUGCAUGAAGGCUCAUUAGUUCUUGAUCUCAAGGCUGACAAUUACUUCUCUUGUGCAGUAGGACGAAAGUGCUCAAAUUGGAAGAUUAGAAUCCUUGCACGAGGAGCCUGGAAGGCUAUAACAGUCAGAGAUCCUCUUGCAGGUGUUUCAAAUAAGAUUUUGCCUUGA